ACCCUCUCGCGGAUGACAGAUCAAGAAACGACGACGACACGAUUGACAUAUUUUGCAGCACUCGACCAAGAAUUUUCCAUCGGAAGUUGUUUUCCGUAGAUUUUCCUAUUUUAUUGCGGUACUCCACUCGAAAACAGCACCAGAAUGAUGCAAUUUAUGCUGCUAUUUAGUCGGCAGGGAAAACUCCGGCUCCAGAAGUGGUACGUUGCCCACCCGGACAAGGUGAAGAAGAAGAUCACCCGGGAGCUGAUCACGACGAUUUUGUCCCGGAAGCCGAAGAUGUGCUCGUUUCUCGAGUGGAAAGACUGCAAGAUCGUUUAUAAGAGAUAUGCCAGUUUAUACUUUUGUUGUGCAAUCGAGCAGAAUGAUAACGAGCUGCUGACCCUGGAAAUCAUUCACCGAUAUGUGGAGCUGCUGGAUAAAUACUUUGGCAGUGUGUGCGAGCUGGACAUCAUCUUCAACUUCGAGAAGGCGUACUUCAUCCUGGACGAGCUGCUGGUCGGUGGCGAGAUCCAGGAAACGUCCAAGAAGAACGUCCUCAAGGCCAUCGCGGCGCAGGACGUCCUCCAAGAGGAUCUAAACGAAACCCUCAACUGAUAGUGACUGUAUGAAAGCAUUGUUUUUGAUUGCUUCUCUUCUUUUUUCCUCCCAAAUGAGUUUCCGUUUUGCGAGUUUUUCAAUUCCUGCCUCUAUUGUUUCUCUCUUUUUGCGCCGCGUUUGAUUUGAAUCUGCCACGAAUCGCACCGCAUCCACAACGCAUGGAAGCAGCGGGAGCAAGAAUCCUAGAGAAUGUCAAGAAUAGGAAGAAGAAAACUUAAGUGACGAGUGGAAAUCAAUAGAUUUAGAGUUAGCCCGCGAUGCAAGCACGGAAUAUGCACAAUUUCUGUGUGCUAAUAGGUUAUGUUCCAUUGUUAUGUACUUGAAAAUGUAGAUAUCGUCGAAAUUUGGUUGUUGGGAUAUUUCAUAAUUGAGUUAUUGGUAAAACAAACAAAUACUGUUUUUUCAUCUGUCAAACGUGAUUUGACAGUUCAAAAACCUACUUUAUCUGGAUUAUUCUGAUGAAAUGAUUUCAUAGAUUAAAUGCUGGUCCCAGCAAUCGAAAGUCGAUAGUCAUAUUGAAAUGAUUUACACUUAAUUCCUGUAAAUAUACUACCUUUGAAUGAAGCAAUGGUUUAUUGUUUAUUGGUUUUGUGGCGCUCGUCGACUGGGUCGGGUAUUGCGGCAAGGGUUUAUUUUUUUGUAAAAAAAUCGCAUGCGCCGCUUGCUGUGAUGAGGACGCCAAGGUGCUGAAGCGCGAGGGUUGACGGUAGCUUGCAAAGCGUAUGGCAUUCGGAACUAAGGUAUUAUGUUUCAUUUCUGUCCCUAGCGUUUAGGAUUUUCCUGUUUUCAAAUUUCGCCAAAGUAAAAUAGUUGUAGUGAAAUUGGAAAGCUUGUUGAAUUUCUUUGUUUCAGGUCUUAGAUGAGGAUGAUUAUUUUUGGAUUUACUAACACACACACACUCAGUAUACAGAGAUACACACACAUACGAACACGUCAAAUUAAGGUGCUUGAGAAUCCGUUGUUUUAAAUUAUUGUUCCCGAAUGGAUUGUGAGGUCAAAGCGAGUGGAAAGCGCAGAAUGAAGGAAAUCCCGCGCUAGGUGUGUACAGUGUCCAAACGGAAGACAAUGCAAUAGAUUAACAAUUGAGUUUUGCUUUAUUUUUUGUUAUAAGUUUAUAAGUUUUCUGUGUUUUUAGUUUUGUAUAAUUUUAAAUUUCUAAUUUUUUUGUUUUUGACCCAGCAAAUGAAUAAAUCAAUUUUAAACAUGACGAACUUUGCUCUUGCUCGCAGUGAGCCUUAGCUUAUUAUAGGCAUACAUUACUUCAAAAUCAAAACUACAUUCGUGCCUACUGAAAUGAAAUAACUAGUGUAUCUUCUGAAGGUGAUACAAAAACUUCAUCAAUCAAUGUGUAAUUGAAAUAGUCCAUAUUAGUGUAAGCGUUUAUCAAUUAAGCAACACAGCGAGACAUAAUACUACAUCACAACACCGCUACACAACACGGAGGAAGCAAAAGAAGAACUAUACAUUGAAAAGUAUUCCAAAUGAUGUUAAUGAUAGUUUGUAUUCGAAUUAUGCCAAAUUUACUUGCGUUCCAUAAAUAAAGGGAAGACUAAAUAUACUUCAACACAUGGAA